CUGUACGAACUUUAUUGACACUUUCAUCACGUACACCGCGCAGGUCGCGACGUAUGGAAAUCUCGCGAUAGGAGGACGUGGGUAGAUCCGGGAGGAGAGAAGCAGAGUAACGGUGGCAGGACACAUCACAUCGCUGGACGUGUCAAUGACAGUGUGCGCGGCGGCUGACUGCUAGAGCCGGGUUUUCUGUGACUUACAAAUUGAGGAUCAAGCUACAGACCUACAGUCACCACCAUGGCUGAUAAACAGAAUAACUUUCCACCACUGCCUCGAUUCAUACCACUCAAGCCCUGCUUCUAUCAAGAUUUUGAGACUGAUAUUCCUGACCAGCAUCGUACCACAGCCAAGCGUGUCUAUUACCUGUGGAUGUUGAACAGUAUCACACUGGCGGUGAAUCUGAUUGGCUGCUUAGCGUGGAUGAUUGGAGGAGGUGGAGCCGUCAAUUUUGGCCUGGCGUUUCUGUGGCUCAUCCUUUUCACUCCCUGCUCCUAUGUCUGCUGGUUCAGACCUAUUUACAAAGCUUUCAAGACAGACAGUUCCUUUAACUUCAUGGCGUUCUUCUUCACUUUUAUGGCUCAGUUGGUCAUCAGCAUAAUACAAGCUGUGGGUAUUCCUGGUUGGGGAGUCUGUGGGUGGAUUGCAACCAUCUCCUUCUUUGGUACAAAUGUUGGAGCUGCAGUGGUGAUGCUAAUACCAACCAUUAUGUUCACAGCGGUUUCUGUCUUAUCCUUUGUGGCAUUGACCAAGGUACACAAAUUUUACCGUGGUGCUGGAGGCAGCCUUAGCAAGGCUCAAGAUGAGUGGACCACGGGUGCUUGGAAAAAUCCUCAGGUCCAACAAGCCGCUCAGAAUGCAGCUUUCGGAGCAGCACAGGGUGCCAUGACACAACAAGAACCUCAGUACUCUGCCACACCAAAUUAUGGGUAUUCCAAUCAAAUGUAAGGGUUUUCUCGGGACUGCAAGAAUACAUUCCGCAGGGUCACCGGGCCCUUCCAUUCCUGCUGUCCUCUAGUAGAUCAGUUGUAUCUUCAACACUUUACCUACUUCCCUUUGAUAUGGUGCAUAAUUGAUUGUGGUGUGUAUGUUGUGUUCUGGAGAGAAUCCCACCCCUGAAAAAGAAGGGUAACAUGUUUAUAGCCCAAUACGUUGGGAGCUAUAUGAUAUACUGGAUGCCAUACAGAAAAUAUAAAAAAAAAAAAAAAAAAUUCAAGGCAUUUGUAUAAUUAGCUGUAAACCGUGUAUAGACAAGGUGAAAUUCAACAGCAGGUAGCCAUUCAAGUGUAUGACAUCUGCAUGUAGCAUCAAGCCGGCACUAUCUCUGGCUGUGGAUGCUGGUAUCUGAACCCUUCUCCUGCAUAUUUUAAUACCGAAUGUGGGACUACCAUAGCAUUCCCUGUUGCCAUCUUUAAAGUUUUUGGGUUUUUAUACCUCCUAUAGCGUUUGGAAUUACAUGCAAGAAAAUUGUCUGAUGAUCAUACUGCAGUGUUAGUUGGCCAAACCCUGUCCUGUUACCUGCAGGAACACUUGGUGUUUUGUGGAUUAUUGAAUAGUGCUGUGUAAUACCUGUAAUUAUGUGUUUUUAUGGAAACUACAGCGCUAUAAAUUUCUAACGACUAACUCAACAAUACUAAUGCGCUGUGUAUGUGAAAUGCUGUAAAUCCCAGUGGUGCACUGGGUUUCAGGCUACUUAAAGAGCACAGACAGAAUUAUCGCCAUCGUCUUACCGGGAAGUUCUGAAUCAGACGAACGCUAUGCACACUUUGGCCUGUUCUUACUAAUGGAUGAAACCAUGCAAGUGUAGUGUCCUCAAGAGGACCUGUGAGCUCUCCUGACAUGGCGAUCUUAGUAAAUACUUGUGUUCUUCAAGAAACCAUUCUGGAGCAUAGCUGUGUUGUACCCGUCCUCUGUUAUUUCUCGUGGGGGUGUGCCUUUGUACACGGACACUGUCCAAUCAGUGCUGGCUGUGUAGGGACACGCCCCUUUAACACAGAGAGGCAACACCCAUUUGUUACUUUAUUCAUACAUACUAAGGAGAAAUAAUGGAGGAACGGCACAAAACAGAAUAAGGCUACAUGCACGCAAACUUUGUUUCCGUGUCCGUUUCGUUGUGUGUGUUACGGAUGUCAUUUACGGAUGUUUUUUUUUUUUUUUGCCAACCGCAAAACACAUACGGACGUGUGCAUGUAGCCUAAAGAGAAGGAUGCUCCAGAACUGUUCUUCACGGGGAAUAGAAGUACUUAGUAUACAGCCAUGUCAGCCUGCAUGCUGUUUCUACCCUUUCCUCUUUUACUAAAAUAAGCCUUUGUGUGUACAUAUUCGUUUUACCGCAUAAGACACUAGUUACCUCUUCAGGAGCUAUGACAUGUAAUAUAAUAAUAUUGUAAAUUUCUCAUACACUUAUAUUUGGGGGACCAAAUAAGUACUGACACAAUGUAUUUAAUCAUGGUAUGUAUUAAAUUCGAGAUAUAAAUGGGCAGCUAGAGUCGACGUCCCCAAUAAUAUCAUUUGGCGCUACCUGCCGAAUUUGUUUACAUUUUAAUUUUGGUAACCGGAUUCUACAAGAAAGGUCUUAAACUAAUCUCCCGAGCUGUUACAUUUCUUUGGCUCUGGCAAAUGGCACUUUUAAAGGGCUUCUCCAUCAGAAUGUACGCACGCUUGUGUUAAAACCUGGCUCUCUUGAUAAAUCUUUUGCCAGCUAUAGCGUAUGUUACCGCUAUAGCAUGCCGUAUAAUAAUACAUGUUGUAAUCUGUUUCUUUACUUCACUUUAGUUUUUUUCCCUCUCUCUAAAAUUAAGAACAAAAUGAAAACCAUGCAUCUCAUGUACUCGCAAUAUUACCUGUAAUGUAAUACAGGUCACAUGUACACAAGAAGACGAACAAUUUACCAGAUUGAGCACUUUCUGCCAAAACUGCACAGCCGGUGUCCGUGAUGCUGCCAGCUUCACGUUCAGUGUCAAUAAUAAAAACGCACAAAUUAUUAUGUUACAGUCACAUCAUUGCCAGGAUUUUAUGAUGCAGAAUCCAUGUACCAUUCUAAACUUCUGCUGCUAAAUCUACUUCCGUGUGGCUUUGCCGUGCAGUUGAUGUGGAUUUUAUCCCAUGCAUCCACAUGUAAUACGUGGAUUUUGCGGCAGAUUUUUGUGUCACAAGAAUCUACCCUUUUUAUACACACUGUGCCAAUUCUGGGCAGAGACUAAAAGGUGUCAUAAAGGAACAUAUAAUGCAAAAUUUGUUGCAUAGCCUCCAAAAACUGUGCCCAGAGGCGGCACUGAGCGUAUGUUGCAGGGAUUUUCUAUUGGAACUGAUUGUAUGUAGUGACCAUUCCCGAGGUUUACUUCUGUCUUCAUCUCAGUCCUAUAAUCUAUACUUGGGAGACGUAAACCCAGAAGAAGAAUUGUCCGUUGUUCCAAUUCUUUUGAACACUCCACCGGUAAUAAAAGCGCCAUGUAUAUUUCCGUUUAAGAGGAUCCUUGAGUCCAGAUCCGAUGAUAGACUCUGGUAUUCUGUCAUUUUAUGUGUAGUUUCUCUUAAAUUAUUGAUGUUUGGUGAGAAGAAAUGUGCAGAACAAAGUAUGUGAUUCCAUAAGAAAAUAAAGAAACGUUCAAACU